AUGGUUAAUCGAUUAAAGUAUGUUAUGUCAUUCUUGAUUGGCUCGGAACAAAGCAGUUUUGUGCCAGGAAGGCAAAUUAUGGAUAAUAUUGUUAUAUAUCAAGAGGUGUUCCACUCGAUGAACAAGGCUAAAGGGGUUAAGGGUUAUAUGGCUUUGAAGAUCGACUUGGAAAAAGCCUACGAUAGACUUAAUUGGGACUUUCUUGAAUUAGUUUUAUCCAAUACUGGGUUUUCAGAUGCUUGGAUCAAUAAUAUUAUGAAAGGAGGACCAACCGUAUCUCAUUUGAUGUUUGCUGAUCAUAUGGUCCUCUUCACUGAAGCCACGGUUGAGCAGAUGGGUUGUAUCUUGAAGAUUUUGAAUGAUUUUUCGCUUGUGUCUGGGCAGCGAAUAAAUUUCAGCAAGUUCUGCAUAUUUUUCUCUCCAAAGAUUACUUCAUAUUUGGCUGAAAGUUUAGUGAAUAUGGCAGGGAUGGCUAGAACUGAUAGUCUUGGCAGCCAUCUGGGGAUGCCUUCGUUUCAUAGGAGAAUGGGUCCAACUUCAUUUCGGGAGGUUAUUGACAAGAUGAAACAUAGAUUGUCUGGCUGGAAGGCCUUUAUGCUUUCUAAAGCAGGGAGGGUCAUUAUGAUUAGCUCGGUUCUUAAUGCAAUUCCGAUGUUCUUAAUGCAGACCACAGUGCUUCCUAAAUAUGCUGUUGGUAGAGCUUCAUGGGAUAUGAAGAUGAAAAAUGGAGCAUCUAUGAAUUGGAGGGCGGUGUGUUUUGGUUUGGAGCUUCUUCGUAAAGGAAUCAGUCACAAUGUGGUUUCUGGGAAUGAGAUACUCUUUUGGACAGAUUCAUGGCUAUCUAUAGGACCUUUGAUUGAGUUCACUUUGGUGCCUGCUUCCCAUUUGAGUCUAUUAGACAAGAUUCGCAACUACUGGAUUGAGGGUGUAGGAUGGAAUUGGGAUGUCUUGAGGGAAGUUCUUCCCCAAAAUAUUUUGAGCUUCUUGCAACUGUUAACUCUAUCUAAUAGUGUUGAGGAUGCUGAUGGCGUGAUUUGGAGCAGAAACUCAUCGAGAGCAGCUUUUGCUAAAAGCGAGUAG